ACUUUGGACGAUACAUAGCAGACAGGAUAUGAAAGCCCACGAGUCGAUCUGAUGCAUUCCCAUGAGAUGUUUACUCACUUCAAAACACCUCAUGAUCUUUCUUCAGAGGGCACAAACCAGUUUCGAUUUCACAAGAGGCAAGAUGUUGUUCUUUCUACACCUUCUCAUGGUCGUCUCCCUUGGCCCAAACCUUGCAGCAUCUGCCGGUGACAGCCAAUUCUCCUAUUCCGGCUUCGCUGGGUCGAACCUCACCGUAGAUGGCACCGCCACCAUCACAUCGGAUGGCCUACUCCAGCUAACCAACGGCACGGCCUACCUCAAGGGCCAUGCUUUCCACCCAGCUCCACUGCUCCUCCGCAAUUCGACCAAUGGCACAGUACAGUCCUUCUCGGUCACCUUCAUAUUUGGCAUCGUCUCCGUCUACCCCGACUUCAGUGCACAUGGCAUGACCUUCUUCAUCGCCCCAGGCAAGGAGUUCGCCGGCGCUCUGCCGGCUAAGUAUCUGGGCCUCACCAACGUCCAGAACAACGGCAACGCGAGCAACCACCUAUUUGCUGUGGAACUGGACACCAUCCAGAGCGUCGAGUUCAAGGAUAUCAAUAACAACCAUGUGGGGAUCGAUAUCAAUGGCCUCCACUCCAUGCAAUCCUACAACGCUGGAUACUACGAUGACAAGAGUGGUGAGUUCCAGAACCUGAAGCUUAUCAGCCGUCAGGCCAUGCAGGUUUGGGUGGACUACAGUGGCGAGAAGAAGCAGAUCAGCGUGACCCUGGCACCCCUCAGAAUAACCAGACCAGUCAGGCCACUGCUCUCAACCAUCUACGACCUCUCAACAGUGCUCACAGACCAAGUGUAUCUCGGCUUCUCGUCGGCUACUGGUCGUGUGAAUUCACGUCACUGCAUUCUUGGAUGGAGCUUCGGACUGAACAGUCCAGCUCCUGCUAUCGACAUUGCCAAGCUGCCGAAACUACCUCGUGCCGGACCAAAACCGCGCUCCAAGGUCUUGGACAUUGUCUUACCAAUUGUUAGUGCAACAUUUGUCCUUUGUUUGGGCAGUAUCGUUGUUCUACUUGUGCGGAGGAGGUUUCGGUACGCUGAGCUGCGUGAGGAUUGGGAGGUUGGGUUUGGGCCACACCGAUUCUCAUACAAGGAUCUUUAUCGCGCAACCGAUGGAUUCAAGGAUAAGCAUCUUCUUGGUGAAGGUGGUUUUGGGAGGGUCUACAAAGGAGUUCUUCGGACAUCUAUGCUGGAGGUUGCCGUGAAGAGGGUGUCCCACGAAUCAAGACAAGGAAUGAAGGAGUUUGUUGCAGAGAUAGCUAGCAUCGGCCGCAUCCGUCAUCGUAAUCUUGUUCAGUUGCUUGGUUAUUGCCGGCGGAAAGGUGAACUUCUUUUGGUUUAUGACUAUAUGCCAAAUGGUAGCCUUGAUAAAUAUCUACAUAAUAACAACGAUGCGGAUACGUCAAAGCUGAGCUGGGCACAGAGACUUCACAUCAUAAAAGGUGUUGCAUCAGGAUUGCUCUAUCUACACGAGAGGUGGGAGCAAGUGGUUGUCCACAGAGAUGUCAAAGCAAGCAACGUGCUGCUGGACAGAGACAUGAACGGACAGCUUGGUGAUUUUGGCCUAGCAAGGCUGUACGACCAUGGCGCGGCCUCUCAAACCACACACGUGGUCGGCACCAUGGGAUACCUAUCCCCGGAGCUGAUGCGCACAGGCAAAGCCUCCCCUCUCACAGACGUCUUCGCCUUCGGCAUAUUCCUCCUGGAGCUCACCUGCGGGCAGAAACCCAUCAAGGAGAACGUGGAUGGUGGAGGCCAUGUUGUGCUGGUCGACUGGGUGCUCCAGCACUGGCGCAACGGGUCACUCAUGGAGACAGUAGACGCGAGGCUCCACGGUGAGUAUAGUGUCCAGGAAGCAGGAUUGGUGCUGAAACUAGGGCUCCUUUGCUCUCACCCGUUUGCCGGUGCAAGACCUGGCAUGGGGCAGGUCAUGCGCUACCUCGACGGUGUGACGCCACUCCCAGAUGAGCUGAUGGCACCGACAGAUUUGAGCUUCCAUGUGCUAGAGAUGAUGCAGAACAUAGAAUUCAACAUGUCCACCAUCUCGUAUGCAGACCUGCUGACGAGCUUUGGCACAAUCUCCGAUUUAUCGGGAGGAAGAUGACAACAAUGGCACGUUCGUAAAAGAGAGAUAGGAUCAGUUUACAGCAUUUUGUGUGUUUCCAGGAGAGAAGUACUAAUAACAUAUAUGUCUUGUGUACUGUGGAGUUGUUAAGUGAUGCCAGUACGUGCUGUGCCUGCUGCACUGAUCUGCUCUCAGCAAAUGAAUAGACCCUGAAAUGGUAACUGAAUAAAAAACAGAUGAGGCCUCUGUUUUCUUUU